CCUUGUUGGAUUUUUUUUAAUUUACAUUUCAAAUGUUAUCCCCUUUCCCAGUUUCCAGUCCACAACAUCCCCCAUGCCAUCCCCCUCACCCUGCUUCUAUAAGGGUGUUUCACCCACCCCUUCCCAACUCACCACCCUGGCAUUCCCCUGCACUGGGCACCAAGCCUUGGCAGGUCCAAGGGCUUCUCCUCCAAAUGUUGCCCAUCAAGGCCAUCCAUCCUCUGCUACAUAUGUAGCUGGAGCCAUCGGUCUGUCCAUGUGUGCUCUUUGGAUGGUGGUUUAGUCCCUGAAGUUCUGGUUUGUUGGUAUUGUUGUUCUUAUGGGGUUGCAAACCCCUUCAGUUUCUUCAAUCUUUUCUCUAACUCCUCCAAUGGGGAUCUUGUUCUCAGUUCUAUGGUUGGCUGUGAGUAUCUGCCUCUGUAUUAGUCAUGCUCUAGCAGAACCUCUCAGGAGACAGCUAUAUCAGGAUCCGUGCCUCUUGCACUUCUUGGCAUCAGCAAUAUUGUCUGGGUUUGGUGUCUGUAUAUGAGCUGGAUCAUCAGGUGGGGCAGUCUCUGGAUGGCCUUUCCUUCGUUUCUGCUCCAAACUUUAUCUCCGUAUUUCCUCCUGUGAAUAUUUUUGUUCCUUCUAAGAAGGAUUGAAGCAUCCGCACUUUGGUCAUCCUUCUUCUUGAGCGCCAUGUGGUCUGUGGAUUGUACCUUGGGUAUUCCGGAGCUUUGGGGCUAAUAACCACUUAUCAGUGAAUGCAUACCAUGUGUGUUUUUUUUUUGUGUGUGUGUUUGGGUUACCUCACUCAGGAUGAUAUUUUCUAGUUCCAUCCAUUUGCCUAUGAAUUUUAUGAAAGUCAUUGUUUUUAAUAGCUGAGUUGUGUAAAUGUACCACAUUUUCUGUAUCCAUUCCUCUGUUGAAUGGCAUCUGGGUUCUUUUUUUUUUUCUUUUUUUUUUUUUUUUUGGUUCUUUUUUUCAGAGCUGGGGCCCGAACCCAGGGCCUUGCACUUCCUGGGUAAGCGCUCUACCACUGAGCUAAAUCCCCAGCCCCGGCAUCUGGGUUCUUUCCAGCUUUUGGCUAUUAUAAAUAAGGCUACUAUGAACAUAGAGGAGCAUGUGUCUUUGUUAUAUAUUGGAGCAUCUUUUGGGUUAUUUCAGUAUUUUCAAAAGCAAAAAGAUGUGUAAACCCUGCUUUGACUAAAGUAACUUGGGAAGGGACGACUUUAUUUGACUUACACUUCCACAUUACAAUGUGCUACCAAUGAAAGAUGGGACAGAAACUUAAUGCAGGAACACGAAAGCUGAAACUGAAACAGAAGCCAAGGAGGUACACUGCCUACUGGCUUGCCUUCCAUGGCCUGCUCAGCCUGCUUUCUAAAACAGCUCAGGACCAUCUAUCUGCCCUGGGUGGGCCCACAGUGGGCUGGGUCUUUGCACGUGAUCAUUAACUAAGGAAAUGUUCUCCAGGCCAUUCUUCUCAAUUGAGAGUCUGGGUUCCCAAAUGCAGUUGUCUUAUCUCAAGUUGACAAAAAUAUAACUACCCCCCAGUUUUAAGGGGGGCUGAGGAUGGAACCCAGGUUCCUACAGGCUAGGUAAACACUCUUCCAACUGAGAUGCAGCCCCAGCUCUCUCUACCACUCCCUUUUUUGAGACAGGAUCUCACUAAGUAACUCUGGCUGGCCUGGAAUUUGUUAUGUAGCCCACACUGGGCUCAAACUCCCAGAGAUCCUCCUGUCUCUGAUUCUCAGGUGCUGAGAUUAAAAGCCUGCAGCAACAAACCUAGCCUUAUUUUGCUCUCCCCAACCCCACCCCUGCUUUUUCAAGACAGAACAGGGCUUCUCUGUGUAUCCCUGGCUAUCCUAGAACUCACUCUGCAGACCAAGCUGGCCUUGAACUGACAGCAUCUUCAACGUGCCCAGCAUGCCCCCCUCCCCGACCUGGCUUCUUUGAGACAAGAUUUCACAAAGCCCAGGAUCUCCUCCAACUACCUCUGUGGCCAAGGAUGCCUUAAACUCAUGAUCCUCUUCCUACUUCUUUCAUGUGCUAGGAUUAUAGAUGUGGGUCACCACACCUGGUCUGAUUAUUUUCCUUUUAAGACAGGGCCUGGGGUUGGGGAUUUGGCUCAGUGGUAGAGCGCUUGACUAGCAAGCGCAAGGCCCUGGGUUCGGUCACCAGCUCCGAAAAAAAGAAAAAGAAAAAAAAAAAAAAAAGACAGGGCCUGGGCUGGAGAGAUGGCUCAGAGAUUAAGAGCACGGUCUGCUCUUCCAGAGGUCCUGAGCUCAAUUCCCAGCAACCACAUGGUGGCUCACAACCAUCUAUAAUCAGGUCUGGUGCCCUCUUCUGGCCUGCAGGCAUACAUGCAGGCAGAAAGCUGAAAGACAGGGCCUUCCUAUGUUGCUUAGUCUGGCCUGAUACAUAUGGCAGACAUCCAGCUCUUGCCUCUUGAGUGUUAAAAUUACACACAUGAGCAACUAUUGCCAGAUGCCAGAUUGCACCUAAUACGAUAAUACACACAUAUAAUAUUACACAUAGUAUAUUAUACAUAAUAUAACAAUACACCUUAUAUAAUAAUACUUGUUAGCCAGGUAUGGUGACACAUGCCUUUAAUCCCAGCAUUCAGGAGGCAGAGCCAGGCCAAUCUCUAUGAGUUCAAGGCCAGCCUAGUCUACAAAGCAAGAUCCAGAAUGGCCAGAACUCUUGCACAGAGAAACCCUGUCUUGAAAAAUAAAAUAAAAUUCUUGUUAUAAAACAAACACUAUAGAAAAAAAAUAUUUUGAUGCACAUAUGGUUCAAUGUACAAGUUCAUACACCUCUACAACCACAAGGGGGCAAAAAGCUCAGCCCUUCCUAACCUUGUUUGUGUCUAGAAGGUGUGAAACUGGAAAAGUAUUUUGGGGGUUACAACAGAUUCAUGAAUUCGCAUGGAUUUCUCUAGCUUAUAAAAAAUUAAGGGGUUGGGGAUUUAGCUCAGUGGUAGAGCGCUUGCCUAGCAAAGGCAAGGCCCUGGGUUCGGUCCCCAGCUCCAAAAAAAAGAAAAAGGAAAAAAAAUUAGUUAUAUGGUGUUAUUAUUACAAUUAGAAUGAGGUUAUAUUACCAAAAGAAGCUCUCCUUCUUUUUUCUUUGUGUGAGCAUAUGCAGCCCACAGUGCUGAGGACUGAGCCGAGGGACUGAUGUGUGCCAACCAAGCACUCCACUGCUACACUGCUUCCCACAGCUACAUAUAUUUUUAAAUAUGUAUUUAUUUUUACUUUAUGUAAUUGAGUAUUUUGCCUUCAUGUAUGCGAGUGCACUGUUUAUAUGCCUGUGGAGGUCAAAAAUGGGGGAGUAGUCAGAUUCCCUAGAACUCCCUAGAACUGGAGUUACAGGUAACUGUGGGUGCUCAGAACCAUACCUGGGCUCCUGAAGUAGCAGCCAGUGUCGUAACUCCUGAGCCAUCUCUCCCACUCCCAGUGGUAAACAUUUUUAAAAUUGAUUCCUAUAAUGGCUAACUGGUUUUUUUUUUCACAUUUGAGCCGGGGUCUCAAACAAACAACCAAGAGAAAUAUCUACUAUGGCAUAAGUUACUGAAGAACCCACAAAGCCCCAUUUACCGUAUUUACCAGAAAAGUUCAGGAAGCUUUCUGUACUUGGGCCAUAGAGCUAUACACAUCUGUGGUCUCCAGCCACAGUCUUGCUGUCGCCUGCAUCCUCUCCUGGCCUCCUCUCAACCCUAGGAGCUACAACGGGGCCCAUCUAGUUUGCCAGGGAAGCACCCUACAGUCAGUGUCUUCAAAGGCAGAGGAUUUCUCUCCCAAUGAGCUAACCACUCCUCAAACUCCAGCCCAGAGAUUCUCUUUACCUAUCAGGAACCAUUCACCAAAUGGCACAUGAUGCAUUUCACUUAAAGGAAGUCACACUUGAAGUGAUGCAGUUCAUUUAAGACCAAAGUACUAUUUCUGGAUCUAGUAGGUGACAGGUUCUCACAGGACGUAUUGGAUAAAAGAGGAAAGGUGGAGCUGGUAACCUGAUGCCAAUCUGUUCCUUGGAGAGCAUGUGACUGGAGUAGGAGGUGGGCAUUUCUGGUUGAGUAAAAUGGAAAGAGGGCAGUCAUUCUUUCCACAAGGAGAACUCCAGGAAUAGAUGCCAGUCAAGAGUGAAGUCAGGGGGUUGGGGAUUUAGCUCAGUGGUAGAGCGCUUGCCGCUUGCCUAGCAAGCGCAAGGCCCUGGAUUCAGUCCCCAGCUCUGAAAAAAAAGAAAAAAGAGAAAAAAAUCUAUAUUCUGGAUUCUGGGCUGGAGGAAUGGUUCAGAGGUUAAGAGCACUGUCUGUUCUUCCAGAGGUCCUGAGUUCAAUUCCCAGCAACCACAUAGUGGCUCACAACCAUCUGUAGUGGGAACCUAUGCCCUCUUCUGGCAUGCAAGCAUACAUGCAGGGAGAAUGUUGUAUAUGUAAUAAAUAAAUAAAUCUUUUUAAAAAAAAAUCUAUAUUCUACCAAAGUGGAAAAUCUAAAUGAGAUGAAUGAAUUUCUUGAUAUAUUUUAACUACUAUGUAAACUGAUGACGUGAUGGCUCCAUGGUAUGAUUGAGGGGAAAGGAUUUUUGUAGAUGGGGUGGGGGAGGACAGGGGAGGAGAAGAGAAGAGAAAGCAGCAAGAGGCAUCUGAAAGAGUCUAGAGCAAAGAAAGAAGUAAACUAAACCUGGCCAGCAGACUAGUCAUGGUCAGGGCUAUCUAUGAGAAGAGGGGAGAAUAGCAGGGCACAGAGAAUAAAGAAAACAUAAUGAAAGAAGCAGGAGCAGAGGAGAGAGGGGGAGGUGAGGGAGAACAAACAGAAAGAAUCACAGGGUAAUAAGGCAAGUGAGUAAUGAACAAAUGGAAGCUGGAGGGAGUUUAGGGUAGGGGAGGAAAUGGGUAAGAAGGGUUGGGAUGUUAGCAUGGAUCUUGAAAUGUGUAGCAGAUUCUUGUAAUACUGAGAGGGGCCAGCAUGAGCUUUGAUGUGUAACAGGUACCACAGAUAGCCAUGCGUCCCUCGGGUAAGAGAAAUGACUCCCUUGGGUAGGUGGAAUCAUUGUCACAAGUUUCCAAGGAAUGCUGGCUUUUAUCUAACUGCCAGGAAUCCUGCUAUAGCCCAGGUUGAGCCCAUUUCCGGAUAUUUGGACUGCCUUUUGGAGUGGUGGAACAGACAUCCAGGUUCUUUUCUGAUGACAUGGCACUGCCCAAACAGUCUUCAGUAGAGUAGCCCUACCAGAAGCAGGGUGGCUUCCAGACCCUGAACACAUUUUUUUGAGAGAAGAUCUUAUAAUAGCCCAGGCUAGUCUCAAUCUUGCUAUGUAGAUGAGGUUAACUUGGAGCUGGUCCCUCUGUCUCAGCCUCCCAAGGGCUGGAAUUGCCAGUAUGAGCUGCCAUGCUUGCCUAAGCACAUUCCUCACAGGAGAAUCAGUCCUGCCUGGUGCAGUUGAUCCAGACAGAACACACUCAGCUCUGGGGAGGCAACAGCCUUGGCAUUAGCUUUUUGUUUGUUGUAUGUUUUGUUUCGUUUGCCUCUCAUGUGCUACACAAGUGCUAUAUCACUGUGCUGUACCCCAACCCAGUCAUUAUUUAUUAAAUGUAUUUGUUUCCUUUUGUUUGUAGAAGGAGAGGUAGGGUUGAGACAGGGCUUCCUGCAGCCCAGGCUGGCCUUGAACUAACCAUGUAGCCAAAAUUAGCCUUGCGUUCCUGAUCCCACCCUUACCUCCCAAGUACUGGCAUUGCAGGUGUUCACCACCAGGACCAACCUAUUCUAUUCUGUUUUUCUGUACUCCAUAGUCCUGUGUACUCACCUUGCCCUUUACCAGAAAUGGACAAAAAAAAUUUAGCAUUAUCUAAGGAAUGUUUUUUUUUCUAACAGUGACAAUCAGUUUUCUUUGUUUUAUGUUUUUCCCCUGAGGUCAGUUCAGAAAUAAAAUAAAUAAAUAGUGACCUGGAGCUGGAACCUUUUUCUUAAAAGAAACCAUCUCUUUUAUCAGGAAAUGUAAUAUCAAAAGCUUGGCUUCAGAAUGCCUCCAUUUUUCCCAGCACUGAAAGGUCUCUCUAUCUUCCCAGCACUUUGAGAAGUGGCAUAGCACAAAUACCCUGGUAUAUCUGAUGUAAUGUUGCACUUUUACCAACAUUUUCAGACAAGGAAAACAUUUUUGGCGUUGAUUCAUUAGUGUUUCCUUAGCUGACCCUAGAAUCCAUUCAGAAACUCUUAUUUGUCUCCUCACUUAGGUGGAAGAGCGUACUGUAAAGAACAGAACAUAUAUGGGUUGGGGAUUUAGCUCAGUGGUAGAGCGCUUGCCUAGCAAGCUCAAGGCCCUGGGUUCGGUCCCCAGCUCCAAAAAAAAAGAAAAAGAAAAAGAAAAAGAAAAAAGAACAGAACAUAUACUUACCUUAAGAGUAUAGCUCAAACCAGGAGGUCGGAUGAGCCUUUAAUCCCAGCACUUGGGAGGAAGAGGCAGCCAGAUCUCUGAGUUUGAGACCAACCUGGUCUACAGAGCAUGUUCCAGAAAGAGUACAGUUCAGUGAGACGUCAUUUCUACAUAGCCACCACCUAGUCAAGAUGUCGAGCUUUCUGUCAGUGCAGUCACCAGCAAAGACUUCUUUUUCCUGGCUUUUCACACCAUCCAUCAUGUUGUCUUUUUCCUAAAUUAUAUGUGAGUAACCAAAUAUGAUGGCUUAAGCCUGUAAUCUCAGCACUCAGAAGGACAAGGCAAGAGAGCUGCAGUCAAUUUGAGGCCAGCUACAGCUACAUAGUGAGAUCCUGUCUUAAAAAGAAAGAAAGAGGGGUUGGGGAUUUAGCUCAGUGGUAGAGCACUUGCCUAGCGAGCACAAGGCCCUGGGUUUGGUCUCCAGCUCCAAAAAAAAAAAAAGAAAAAGAAAAAAAAAGAAAAAUAAAGGAACAAACAAACAAACAAACAAACAGGGUUAGAGAAAUGGCUUAGGGGUUAAAAAACACUGGUUGCUCAUCCUGAGAACCCAGAUUCGAUGCCCAGUACCUACAUGAUUGCUCACAGGUAUAUUGUAGCUCCAGUUCCAAGACAAUGCAUCUUGUGUGGUCUCUAUGGGCACUGCACACACACUGUACGUAAGUAUUAAUGCAGACAAAACACUCAUACUUAAUACUACCAAUAAUAAUAAUAAAAUAAUAAUAAUAAAAUUUUAGUAAUAGUAAUAAGAGUGAUAGUAACAAUAGUAUUUUAUUAUUAUUGUUGUUGCCGCUGCUGUUGUUUUUACAUUUAAAAACAGGAGUUCUGGGGAAAUGGCUCCAUUUGGCAAAGUGGUUUUCUUGCACUCAGGAUGUCCUGGCUUCUAUGUCCUCUCCAGCACUGGAUAAGAUAUAAUGGUUCCUUCCUAAAAUCCAGACUCUUGGGAGUUGGAAGCAGGAAAAUUAGGAACGAAGUCAAGAUAACACAUGAGUCCUUGUUUUGUUUUGUUUUUUUAUAAAGAUUUAUUCAUUAUAUAUAAGUACACUGUAGAUGUCUUCAGACACACCAGAAGAGGAUAUCAGAUCCCAUUACAGAUGGUUGCAAACCACCAUGUGAUUGCUGGGAUUUGAACUCAGGACCUCUGGAAGAGCAGUCAGUGCUCUUAACCACUGAGCCAUCUCUCCAGCCCCCUUGGUUUUUUGUUGUUGUUGCUUUGUUUUGUUUUGUUUUUAAAGAUGAGGCAAGAAAAGGGGAAAGACUGUAUAUAAUUGAAAUCAUACACUAUGACAUAUAUUCACUGAAAAUAACUUCUAUGAGAUUCUCUCUUGUUUUUACAUACACGGCAAAUUCUUUGAAAAUGGAGCUUUCCUGUGUUGCUGAGGCUGGCCUUGAAGCCCUGAGCUCAAGGCAUGUUCUUGUCUUAGCCUUAUGAACAGCUAGAAUGACAGAUAGAUUCCAUCACACCAGGUACCAAGAGUAGUUAUUCUUUUCAUUUCUGCAUAGUGUUCUAUAAUCUAAACACACCAUAAUUUGUCAAUUUUCCUUUUUAUUAGACUUUUAUUUUCUGGCUUCUGGCUCUUGUAAUAAAGCUGCUAUAAGACUGUGUUAUGUUACAUCAUGCUUGUGUGACAGGGUCUCAUGUAGUCCAGGCUGGCCUCAAACUCCCUCUACAGCAGUGCUUCUUAACCUUCCUAAAGCUGCGGAGCUUGAAUACAAUUCUUCAUGUUGUGGUGACCACAACCAUAAAAUUAUUUUUGUUGUUACUUCAUAACUGUAAUUUUGCUAUCAUUAUGAAUCACAAUGCAGACAUCUGUGUUUUCUGAUGGUCUUUGGCAACCCCUAUGAUGGUCACGACUCUAAGAUUGAGAACCACUGCUCUCUAGCCAAGGAUAACUUUGAACUCCUGAUCCUCCUUCCUAUAAUCCCCAAGUACAAAGCAUUUCUCUGAGCUGCAUCCACAGCCCCUGAAAGUAUUAGUCUUUCCUCUGCUUUGCAAUGCUAGGAGCGAAGUCCUAGACCUCAUGUACCUCACUGUGUUACCGCACUAUGCUGAGGUCAGCCUUUUUCAUUUUAACUAUCUAAGUAGCAACUGAUACCUUGUUUUCUGAGUUUUCUUUUUCUGUCUGUUUGGUUUUUGGGUGUGUGUGUGUGUGUGUGUGUGUGUGUGUGUUGUUGUUGUUGUUGUUGUUGUUCUGAUGCUGAACCUAGAGUCUUAGAUAUACUAAGCAAUAGUCAACCCCCCCCAAUCCUCUGGGGUGCUUUAAAUUUGCAUUUUUCAAGUUAGUCAGAGUGCUCCUUGGCUUAAAGGCACUUACCACCAAGCCUGACAACCUAAGUCCAAUUCCUGGAACCCACAGGGUAGAAGGAGAUAGAAUCAACUCCUACAGGUUGCUCUCUGACCUCCAUACAUAUGUUCAUAUAUAUACAAACCCUGGGGGCUGGAGAGAUGGCUCAGCGGUUAAGAGCACUGACUGCGGGGUUGGGGAUUUAGCUCAGUGGUAGAGCGCUUGCCUAGGAAGCGCAAGGCCCUGGGUUCGAUCCCCAGCUCCGAAAAAAAGAACCAAAAAAAAAAAAAAAAAAGAGCACUGACUGCUCUUCCAGAGGUCCUGAGUUCAAUUCCCAGCAACUACAUGGUGGCUCAUAGCCAUCUGUAAUGAGAUCUGAUCCUCUCUUCUGGUUGUCCGAAGAUAGUGACAGUGUCAUAUACGUUAAAUAAAUAAAUCUUUAAAAAAAAAAAUAAAUGGGGCUGGAGAGAUGGUUCAGUGGUUAAGAGAACUGACUGCUCUUCCAGAGGUCCUGAGUUCAAUUCCCAGCAACCACAUGGUGGCUCACAGCCAUCUGUAAUGAGAUCUGAUGCCCUCUUCUGGUUGUCCGAAGAGAGUGACAGUGUCAUAUACGUUAAAUAAAAAAAUCUUUAAAAAAGAACCAUAAAUAUGUAAAAUGUCACUAUUUUUGUUUUGGUUCUUUUGAAACAAAAUUUGGAGCUGUGUAUUCAGAACUGGACUGGAACUUACUUUAUAGACCAGGCUGGCCUUAAACUCACCGAGAUCCUCCUGCCUCUGCCUCCUGAGUGUUGCAAUUAAAGGCAAGAGUCACCACUGCCUGGCUUAUUUGUGUGCAUGUGUACAUGUGCAUCUGUGUGCUCAUGUGAGUGCAAGUUCAAAACAGGGUGUCAGAUUCCUGGGGCUGAAGCUAGUAGGUUAUGUGUAGCCUGAUGUGGGUGCUGGGAACCAAACUUGGCUCCUCAAAAGUACCAGUACAUGCCCUUUUCCCAUGAGCCAUCUCUCCAGCUUGUGGAGGGGCCUCCUUUCUAUCUCUACAGACCAUGGUAGCUCAUCUCUAAAGAUGACUCCAAGGAAACCAUGCUUCAUGGUACUUGUAGACCGUUCUAGACUUUGGGCUGAGCUGUGAGAGUCUUUACCCACUUUAAAAGUGGCAUUGUGGGUUGGGGAUUUAGCUCAGUGGUAGAGCGCUUGCCUAGCAAGCACAAGGCCCUGGGUUCGGUCCCCAGCUCCGAAAAAAAGAAAAAGAAAAAAAAAAGUGGCAUUGUGCCAGGUCUAGUCCUGAGCUUUACAAAGGCAGACAACUGCUGCUUCUGAGCACUGCUUCAAGCCAAUGAAAGAGAGAUCUUGAAAGAGACUAUACAGAGAAGGGAGAUCUUGACACCAGGGCAAAGGUAAGCAGCCAGAUGUUUCCUCUGGUCUCUAAAGGGGUGUUGUGGAGUAUCCACCAGACGUGGGUUUAAGCCAUUAGAUUCGGUUUAAGCCGGCUGGUGACUACACUGGGAGUUUGGGAUCCAGUGUAGCCCAAGCCUCAGGGAUGUUUUAAGCACAAAACACAUGGUCUGGGUUGACUUACUUCACUUAACAAGAACAGUUGGCCAGAAUUGGAACUACAGAAGCCAAAAGGCAAAGUUAGUGCAUCAGAGACUUUCCCAGAGCUAUAACCUUCGAUGGAUUAGGCCUUUGGUUUCAUUUUCUGUUUGGUGAUGCUGUCUGCAUGCUGAGUCUUGCAGCCUAAAAGACUCUUCCAUCAUGGAGUCAGAUGUGCUAAGGUCUGGGGUCCUGUUAUACUUCCAAUCUCAGACAACUCUGACUACAAAAUACCUGGGACAACAGACAGAACAGCUCAGUGGAGCCCAGCCACUCACAGAAAUGCAAUAACAUGGAUAGUGUUUCCCUUUAGCAUUUGAGGUGGCCAGGCCGGCCUCAAACUGUUCUCUUGCCUCAGCCUCACAAGCACUGUGAUCAUGGGUGUACACCACUACAGUGACUGGUUGUGUCUUUUUCUGACUGCUUUCCUCCAAGCUUCUUCCCUGAUGGGGAUGAAGGUCACACUUUUCUACUGAGGACUGCAGCUUCUAUUGGCUGGCUCUUUGCACAGACAUAGCUCUUCUUGGGUGCCAGAAACUGCUCUCCACUCCUUCUCUGUCCCCUUCCUUCUUUCCUUCUCUCUCUUUGGGGCAAGGCAGCAAGGGCUCCCUCAUUGCCACUUUCCCCUACCACUCUCCAUCUUGUUCCCUUGAAACAGAACCAGAGUCCUCAUAGAACCAGAGCUUCACUGUUUUGGCUGACUAGUCCUUGAGCUCUUGGCAUCUGUCUUGUUCCAGGGGCAGCUGUGCCUAACUUUUUACACAGGUUCUGAGGAUUCAAUCUUAGGUCCUCAUGCUCACAAAGCAUUUGUUCUUACCCAGCAAGUCAGCAGCCCCAGGGCUCUCCAUUACUGCAGCUAGUGGUUCCUCAUCCUGUGUGGUUUUCUUCAAGUCUACCCACACAAGCCAAAAGCUCUUUCCUCAAACACUCACUUCCUCUAAGCAGAGUCAUAUUCGUUUGUUUGUUGAGACAAAGUCGUAUGUAUGUAGCCCAGGCUGGCCUCAAAUUCCUAAUGUAGCUAAAAAUGACCUCGAAUGUCUUUUUAAAAAAGAUUGAUUUAUUAUAUGUAAGUACCCUGUAGCUGUCUUCAGAAACAUCAGAUCCCAUUACAGAUGGUUGUGAGCCACCAUGUGGUUGCUGGGAUUUGAACUCAGGACCUCUGGAAGAGCAAUCAAUGCUCUUAACCACUGAGCCAUCUCUCCAGCCUGACCCUGAGCUUCUGAAACUGCAGCUUUCCUAUGUGCUAAGAACACACACAUUCACCACCAUGCCUGCUUUAUGUAAACCUGGGGAUCAAGCCCAGGACUUCCUGCAUUCUAGGCAAACGUUUUACUAAUUGAGCUAUAUCUUCAACCCAACCAUGUGCCUUCCCCUUGUUUCUCCCUCUGUCUUUUCCUUCCCCCUCCCCCUCCCCCUCUUCCCUCCCCACCCCAUCUCUAGGCCAUGUGGGUGCUAUUACUCACUGAGAGGCCAAAGGAAGGUUCCAAAUCUAGGGUUGAAGUUACAGGAGAUUGUGAGCUGGUGUUGUGGAUUCUGAGAACUGAACUCAAGAUCUCUGGAAGAGCAGCAAACAAUCCUAACAGUUAAUCCUACCUCCAGCUCUAUGUAGUCUAGUGCAUGUGGACUCUCAGCCUUCGCAGUGUUGAGAUCACAGGGACCACCACACCCAGUGCUUACAUUAAACAGGCUCCUAAUGAUAAACAGAAUACCAAGAGGCUGGGUGGCUUUUCUAAGUCACACAAAGACCAAGCAAAGGAUGGUAUUGAGAGCCUACCACCCCAGCACAGAGGGCGGUGGGAUGUUUUCAGCUUUGCCAGGCUGUUUAGUCCUCUCCGGUACCCCCAGGCCUUGCUGGACAAGGCCGAGUCUGUGAUCCCUUUGUUAGGAUGGAAUUGAAUUCCCUAGAGUUCCUGUCCCAGGCCUGGCCAGUAACUCCAGUAACCAGAGCUGUGUGAGAAGAAAAGGCCAAGCCACUGGGGAAACCACACCCCAGUCAAGGGUGAGGUCUCAGGUGAGUCAUGCCAAGGGCUACUACUGCACAGCCCCAUCCUGCUGCUUCACAGACCCAGGGCACUCCACCACAGUCACCUUAUUUGGUUUAACUCGUGGGGCUCUCUGCUCAUCUCUCCCACAUCCAACAGGUGUCCUAGCUCCAGGACACCUCCCUACUUCCACUCUGAACUGCCAGUUACAUGAGAUGCACCAGAGUUCUGGGUGGGGCCUUUGAGCUCCCUACUUUCUCCUUUCAGCCCCAGAUCCUCUCAGAUUCCCACAGAUGGGCUCUAGCCAGGGAGGGUGGGGCUACUACUGGGACCAUCAAGGAGGAACCAGCAACAUAGUUGGUGACAGUCUGGUGGCAGGAAGCAACCUCUUACCUGCCUGUGUGCCUCCAGCUGACUUUAGUAGACCAUGUCCCCACACCUGUUCCUCCCAGUUGUAGUCCUGGGUAAGUUCAGAGGACGGGGCUUUACGCAGCCUGGAUACCAACCCUAAGGCUGGAAAGCAGGGGCUACACCCUGCAUCCUUUAUGGCAGUGAGAUGUCAGAGUAGGCAGAGAAGGAGGGUGUCAGAGGAAGAAGAAGAGGGCGGCCAAAGGGAGGGAGGGCCAUACCAGGAGCCUGAGAGACUGUGCGUGACGGAAGCGGAAGCCGGAAGCGGAAAGGAAGCCUGGGUGUCAUGGGGAGAUGUAAAAUGGGAUGGAGGGGGAACAGCCACACCUAAGUGCAUCAUCUCUCCAGACUUUCCUUACCCCCCACCUUGUCUUCUCAGUGGUCAGUCCCACCCCAGGAGCCUUCCAGGACUCAGCAGUCAGUCCUACCCAAGGAGAAUUCGAAGACCUAGACUGCGGCCGCCCUGAGCCCUCUUCCCGCAUCGUGGGGGGCUCCGACGCGCAUCCUGGCACUUGGCCGUGGCAGGUGAGCCUGCAUCACGGUGGAGGCCACAUCUGCGGGGGCUCCCUCAUCGCCCCUUCCUGGGUCCUCUCCGCUGCUCACUGUUUCGUGACGAAUGGGACCUUGGAGCCUGCGGACGAAUGGUCAGUCCUGCUGGGCGUGCACUCCCAGGACGGGCCCCUGGAAGGAGCGCACAUGCGCUCAGUGGCCACCAUCCUGGUACCGGACAACUACAGCAGAGUGGAACUGGGCGCUGACUUGGCUCUGCUGCGCCUGGCCUCGCCAGCCAAGCUGGGCCCCUCCGUGAAGCCAGUCUGCCUGCCUCGUGCCUCACACCUCUUCGCUCACGGAACUGCCUGCUGGGCCACUGGUUGGGGAGACGUCCAGGAGUCUGACCCUCUGCCUGUCCCCUGGGUUCUACAGGAAGUAGAGCUAAAGUUGCUGGGAGAGACUGCCUGUCAAUGUCUCUACAGUCGGCCUGGCCCUUUCAACCUGACUUUGCAGCUGUUGCCAGGAAUGCUGUGUGCUGGCUAUCCAGAGGGACGAAGGGACACCUGCCAGGGUGACUCUGGGGGACCGUUGGUCUGUGAGGAUGGCGGCCGAUGGUUCCUGGCGGGAAUCACCAGCUUUGGCUUUGGCUGUGGACGGAGGAACCGCCCUGGGGUCUUCACUGCAGUGGCUCACUAUGAGUCAUGGAUUCGGGAACACGUGAUGGGUUCAGAACCUGGGCCUGCCUUUCCCAGCCAGCUCCAGAAGCCCCCGUCAGAACCCUGGGAGCCCAGAGAAGAAAACUGUACCUUUGCCCAACCAGAGUGCGGGAAGGCUACGAGGCCCGGGACCUGGCCCUGGGAGGCCCAGGUGAUGGUGCCAGGCUCCACACCCUGCUAUGGAGCUCUGGUGUCUGACAGCUGGGUCUUGGCACCCGCCAGCUGCUUUCUGGACUCUCUCCACGAUUUCGAGACCUGGCGGGUGCUGCUGCCCUCGCGUCCGGAGGAGAAGAGGGUCGUGCGCCUCGUGGCGCACGAGAACGCUUCCAGGAACUUCGCUUCAGACCUGGCGCUACUGCAGCUGAGGACGCGCGUGAACCUGACUGCGGCUCCGAGUGCUGUGUGCCUGCCCCACCGCGAACACUAUUUUCUGCCCGGGAGCCGCUGCCGCCUAGCUCGCUGGGGACACGGGGAACCUGCACCACGCUCCAGCGCGCAGCUGGAGGCGCAGCUGUUGAACAGCUGGUGGUGUCACUGCCUGUACGGCCGCCAGGGGGAGUCCGUGCCGCCGCCAGGAGACCCGCCGCACUUGCUUUGCCCCGCCUACCAGGAGGAGGAAGAGGCGGGUGCUUGCUGGAAAGAUUCUGGUUGGAGCCUUCUGUGUCGUGAGGAGGGGACGUGGUUCCUGGCUGGAUACAGAACCCUCUCAAAUGGUUGUCUCCGACCCCGAGCCUUUUCCCCAAUGCAGACUCAUGGGCUAUGGAUCAGUCAUGUGACUCAGGGAGCUUACCUGGAGGACCAGCUAACCUGGGACUGGGGCCCUGAAGGAGAGGAGACUGAGAAACAGACAUGUCCCCCACACACUGAGCAUGGUGCCUGUGGCCUGAGGCCACAAUCCACUCCAGCUGGUGUGCUGUGGCCCUGGCUGACGGAGGUGCAUGUGACUGGUGAUAGAGUCUGCACAGGGAUUCUGGUGGCCCCAGGCUGGGUGCUAGCAGCCACUCACUGUAUUCUCAGGCUGGGCUCCUCAACAGUGCCUUACAUUGACGUAUAUCUGGGCCUGGCAGGGGUCAGCUCCCUCCCUCAGGGCCACCAGGUAUCUCGGUCUGUCGUCAGCAUCCGUCUUCCUCGGCAUUCUGGACUUAGACCCCCCCUGGCCCUGCUGGAGCUGAAUUCUCGGGUGGAGCCCUCCCCAUCAGCUCUUCCCAUCUGCCUACACCCAGAGGGUGUUCCCCCAGGGGCCAGCUGCUGGGUUCUGGGCUGGAAGGACCCACAGAACAGAGUUCCUGUAGCUGCUGCUGUCUCCAUCUUGACACCACGACUCUGUCACUGCCUCUAUCAGGGCGCUCUGACUCCUGGAACCUUCUGUGUCUUCUAUACUGAAGAGCAAGAGGAUAGAUGUGAGGUGCAGGGUCCCAGGGAUCUUGGACCAGGGAGGCGAAAGAUGACCUCAGCACCUCCCCUCCUGUGCCAGACUGAGGGAGGCCCUUGGGUUCUCGUGGGCAUGGCUGUUCGAGGUAGCCGGGAGCUGUUUGCAGCCAUUGGCCCUGAAGCAACCUGGAUAUCGCAAACAGUGGGAGAAGCCCAUUUUCUUCAUCUCGGUGGCUCCUCCUACUGGUCUCCUGAAGGCAGUGACCCGUGUCCCCAAGACUUGGCAGGAUCUGCAAGCUCCCCUAAGGUUGCUGCUCUGCCCCUCCUACUGGCUCUACUGAUCCCUCGCUGAGAGCCUGGCUUCUCUUCAUACCACCCAUCAGGGUUGGAAUGUGGCCCAACCAGCCAGCUCCCAGGCCUGGAUAGGGCCUCUUCCACCCAUACUGCAUUAGCUUACAGAUAAUUGGACCUCAGUGCUGGCUACUUUGAAUCUAAGAAUCCUUGGGGGUGGAGGAGGAACAGACAAUAAAGAUGUAAAUACAGA